AUGAAAUGGUUCCAGUCGAGGCAUGACUUCAACUAUGAAUGGAGUCUUGUCUCCGCUGCCAAUUGGCAAAAAUACCCAAAUGAAAGCUGCACUCAUGUUGCUCAUGUCGAUGUACUUUGCCGAACCAUUGAUCCAGACACAGGCUUACUGACGACUGAAAGACUGAUUACAGUAAACCAAAAUAUACCCACCUUGAUUAGAAAGAUUCUUGGUCCAGGCACAACCCAAUACGUACAUGAAAUAUCAAUCAUUGACCCAAAAAGUAAAACGUUGACUAUGCGUUCGGUUAAUUUGACAUUAUCGCAUCUAUUAAAAGUAGAAGAAACAAUUGUAUAUCAAGAACAUCCCGAGGAUAGAAAAAAAACAUUAUUUACUCAGCAAGCAGCCAUAUCAGCAGGAAGUUUAGUCUCUGGAUGGUCACAUGUACUAGAAGAGUUCUCUCUUCGAAGAUUUAAACAGAAUGCAGAUAUUGGACGUGCAGGGUUUAACAAGGUCCUCGAACGAUUUGUGGGGAUGCAACAACAACAGCAACAACAGCAGCAACAGUAA